UACAGAACCAGUCAGCGACGUCAGCAAUUCAUACCUAAAUAGUAGACCACCGAUUGACUCUCUAGUUCAUAUCAGAAUAAUCUACCUUCAGCAAGCCGUACACGUAAUGCAGUCGAUACUGAUUCUCAUCACUGCUCUCUUCUGUCUCCACGCAAAGUCGGCUUACGUACACGAUAUAUUACAGCUGCCGAAUCAAAGUCAACCAGCAAAAAUUUACCGAGUUGCAACAACUUCUGCUGACAGCUGUGAGAAGAAAAUAGAAGGAGCUAUUCGAUACAAUGGAGCAAAGAAAAUUGUCGAAGUUUGUUCUGAGCUAAGAUGGAAAAGCUUGGCGUGGGUUGAGGAUCACAUCCAUGCACUUGCUGCUUCUGGCGGAAGCUGCAGUCUGGGCAGUAGGAGAGAAUACGCGGCAAGUUCUUGCAGAGAGAUUGUUCUCCGAUGCCCCCACUCUGUUGAUGGUAUCUACUGGAUUGAUCCAUCUCAUGAUUCGUCACCCUUCAAGGUGUAUUGUGACAUGACGAGUGAUGAUGGAUUUGGAUACACACUUGUCGCUCGCUUCUCAGACACUACAUACUUUGUGACAAAUGAACUGAAUUUUGAUCCAACCGACAAAGUGAUCUUUCCCGGCAUCAUCCAACCUAAAUCAGCCAAACUCUCUGAUUCUGUUAUCGCCAAACUCUACACAUCCCACAUCCGGUGGAUCACAACCGAAAACGCCAACUAUUCAAUGUAUUUUGAACUGCAAUGUGGUCAAAACUAUACAACAACAGGUGCUAUGAAUCAACGCUGCAGUCGGUACUUGCCGAAUGGAAACAGUCAAAACCAGAAGGGUGUGGAUACUUGGACUGUGUGGUAUAGUCCUAAGUCUGAUUUUGGCGUGUCGACUCGAGAUUGGGGCGGCACCAACAAAGUAUUCUGUGAGUAUAAGUCGAGUGGCACUUACGGAGGUUACAUAUCGGUGCGCCACAGCACGAGCGCUUGGGAUGCGUGUGGCAGAGCAAACACCAAAUGUUCGGCCGCUGUCAACUCUUUCCUUAUGGUAGGUUGAGUGUCCUUGUACUGCAACAGUGUUUGCAUGUGCUUGUCAAUCGACUCGUAGUAAGUCUGCUAGUGCUUGCUGCAAACUAACAGACGUGUGUAGUUGUCUGCAGGCUUAUGAUUGUUCACAAUGGCAUAUAAGGCAAUAUUGCAUGGUGUACUGACCUCUAGUCUAGAAACCUUUUUUGUACAGUAACAGUUAGGACGUCCGUUCGUUGUCUGGGCCCAGGAAUUUUGCUCUGAUUGGUUGAGUCACUGUACACCUUAGUUAGUAGUAUACGCAUCACCUGACUUCUGGCAGUCUAAAACACGAGUGCUUUGAAUGUGGUGUGUUUAUUGUAUGGGAAUGGGGAAAGAAGAAACAGUCGUGCUAGGACAAAAUGGAGAC